GUAAUCCCAAAUGACUGUCGGGGGUCUCGGCCGCGUUGUUUAUUUGAGUGUUGCUCGUGUGUCGUAGACUGUUGCUUGCAGGGUACGGUGUGGAGCGUGAAUAUAGUGUCACCGUCAGCUGAUCUGCAGUGCUGCUGGGAAUGUGAGUGGGUUUCAGUUAGAAGCGGCUGGACAGCAGCUGGGCUCAGUGUGACAGACACUGACAGGAGAUUAGUGUGACUCGCCACGCUUGGAAGUAUAUUAAGCUCAAAGUGGUUUCACUUCCUCAUUCAUAACGCCUGCUCGGUCUCCACCAAUCCGUGGCUGAGAGAGUUUAACAUCCUGUCCAUACAUGUGCUGGAUGGUGACCAUGGUGGGACCGAGGCAGGAUUAAGUGUCUUUGGUGGUCUGGUGCUCAGUGAGAGCUGGGCUCCUGCAGAGUUUCAGUUCUGCAGCUGCAGAAUCAGCUGCCAGAAGACUAGUUGGCACGUCCUCAUCUGACUGUUGAAACUGCUCUGAGAUCAUCCAGAGAGGCAUGCAGAGGAGUGAGGUCUUAACCUGAGCUUUCUACAAUUCAAGGACACAAGGUCGUGGUGGAGUUCGAGUACGACGCGCUCCACGAUGACGAGCUGACCCUGCGGCUGGGCGACAUCAUCAAGAACGUGCGGUACAUAGAGGAGGAUGGCUGGAUGGAGGGGGACCUCAACGGGAAAAGGGGCCUGUUCCCUGACAACUUUGUUAAGGAAUUGAAGAAGGAAUCUAAAGAGGCCAAGGAAACCAAGAAUGAGCCAAAGGAGGAGACCUCUCAGCCUCUGAGGAGAGAGAAGAGCGCAGGGAACGUGGCCAACCUGGUUCAGAGGAUGAGCACCAUCGGCAUCCCAACCGGCGGCUUCCAGCCUCAGCCACCAGCAGCUGCAAAGAAGCCUAAGAGGAGACAGUGCAAGGUGCUGUUUGACUAUCAGCCAGUGAACGAAGACGAGCUGGAGCUGAAGAUCGGAGAAAUCAUCGACAUCCUCGAAGAGGUCGAGGAGGGCUGGUGGAGCGGCAGCUUGAACGGCAAAUCUGGACUGUUUCCCUCCAACUUCGUCAAAGAGCUGGAUGCCGCAGGAGAGGACGCAGAGCCCAACGACACGGCAGCAGACGAGACCGAUGGAAGUGGAAUGGAAAGCGCCGCCACCCCCACAUCGCCUCAACCCGCCUCAGGGAACGGAGUUAUUGCUCAGCCCAAGAAGAUCCGAGGCGUCGGCUUCGGAGACAUUUUCAGAGAAGGCUCGGUGAAGCUAAAGGUCCGACUGCCAAGCCCUGAAACAGAGGAAAAGAAGGAGAGACCAAUCCCAUCAUUACCAUCUGCUGCAAAGCCCGCCCAUCCCAACAUGACAGAGUCGCAGAGAGCUGACGGAGACGGCAAAUCCAAAGCAAAAGAGUACUGCAAGGUCACGUUCGCGUUUGAGGCUACGAACGAGGACGAGCUGACCAUCAAAGAUGGCGAUGUCAUCCACAUCCUGAGCAAGGACACAGGAGAGCCCGGCUGGUGGCGAGGGGAGAUCGGGGGCAGAGAGGGUGUCUUCCCCGACAACUUUGUCACCAUGCUGUCUGAAGCAGAGAAAGAGACUCCCACGUCGAGAGGGUCAGUGAAAUCAUCGCCUAAGCAGGACUCUGAGGAGAAGCCGAAAAAGCCACCUCCACCAUCAAAAAGCAUAGCUCUCAAGCCGGACGUUCCGAGUGCCGACAAGAAGCCUCAUCCCAUCAGGCCAGAGGACAGAGUUGACAGGCCUACGCCAGAUCACAAACCAUCCAAGCCUGCAGCGCCGGUGGUCCCGCCCAAGAAGCCGGUCCCCCCUCCUGGAAAAGGCAGACCCGGAAGCCUCCCGCCAAAGAGGCCCGACAAGCCUCUCGCUCCCUCGCCAAACCUCAAGCACAAUGGAGAGGUGCCUUCCACACGACCAAAGUCCGACUUCGAGCCAGUAUUGCCCACCAAACCCAAAACCCUGUCUGGGGACUGGGGGGAGAAGUCCUCGGAUAUGGAUCUGAUGAGUUUUGAUGACUUGUCGUCUACCUCGGAGAAGCUCUCUCACCCCACUGUUAACAGACCAAAGAUGCCUGGCAGGAGGUUGCCUGCCCAGUUUGGUGGAGGACAGUCGCCCAAUAAGGAAGUGAGCGUGGAGAAAUCUUUCAAGAUCGACGAAGAGGACGCAGCCAAACCAAAGCUAACAGAAACCAGAAAGCCUUCCGCAAACAGAUCCCAGUCACCGUUACUCAACAGGCCCGCCGCCAGCACCGAGACCAAGCUGAGCACCGCGGCAGGCCCAAGCUCAGACGUUGCGUCGCUGGGCAUCAGGGCCCGGCUGGAGUCGGAAGAGCUGGAGGAGCUGAGGAAUCAGAUGAAGGAGCUACUGCUGUCCGUGGAGCUCCUCAAGUCCCAGCAAAUAGGGAGAUAGAAAAACUAAAGCAGACCGUCCACUCGACGUGAAGCCCAGGCUCCAAUCAACAGCAAGCCUCAAGGUCAGCUGCUGGCCUGUCGACCAACCAGAGCGCAGGAGGGCAGUGUUGGGCGGAUGGAAUGGAAUGGAGGGAGAGAGAGAGAGGGUGGGGAAUGAGAUGAACCACCUCGAGUACAAUCCUUUUCCAGUGAUCUACGAAAAUAAACUCUCCCCAAAUUUGUAAGAUUUACAUUUUGCACAUAUAAUUUUUUUUUCCAAGUUAGAUGUAAUUAAGUUACAGAUGUAUAUGUUUCUCUUUAUUUCUUUUUUAUUUUUUUUUAUUUUGCCAACACAAAAAAAAACUGAGGCCUUACUUCGAACUACUGUGCUGGACAACUCUGCCGCUCACGCUCUCUCCCCUUCACUCCAGCGUUCCUCGAACCCCUCGGGGAGGAGGUCCGCUCUCAGUACUACUGACUUUGUAUAAAGCAGGGGGCGCUUGUUUUCCUCGCCUGUAUUUUCUUUCUCAUAUUUUUUUAUGAUGCACAAAUUUUAAAAAAAGAUAAGAAAAUGUUGAUUUCAGUUAACAUAUUUUGAUCCUCACGGCGAAUGAUUUUCCUUUUUCCUACACAGCGGUUGUCAGCAGUACUCCACUCCAUAGCUGCAUCGCAUCAGAGAGAGCUCUUCUUUCAUUUUUCUUUGUCUUUUAUAUGGUUUCUAGCAUUCCUAUCCAGGGUAACACUACUGUGCCUGUUAAAAAACAAAAUUAUAUUAAGUGUUUGUAAUGGGAGCUUACAUAUACCAUGAUGGUGUCUGGAAAUGUUGCAGCAUGAUAUUGUAUAUCUAUAUUUUUUAAGUCUACUGACAUGCCUAGUCAAAUACUAUAUAGAGGGCCUUUUCUAUGCUGGUCUCUUCUAUUUUUGUCAAACUGUUUCACCCACUGGGAAUGUUCCCAGAGGUUUAGCUAGUCUGCAGGUAAUGCAGACAGAAUCCACAUGCAAAAAAAAACCCCACCACCUCUAAAGAGAAGAAGAGGAAGAGCGAGGAAAAGUGACUGCAUUCUUUGAUUUACAGAGUUCCUGACCAACACAUCGCCAUCAAAAAAGCAGCCUCAUUAUGAUCGUCUCUGCAACCUGCUUUUACUUUCUUGGUUUUAAUCAGGCCGCCAUCCCUCUAAUCCGUGUCGCAGCCCGUUCUUCCUCUCCUUCCUCUCAUCCCUCUUUGAUUCGAAGUGAAUCAUAUAAUCUGAGAGGGGACUUGUCUUACCGCUCUGUAAAGUGUUACGCAUGAGCCUGCACAGCACUCAUCAGUUGUCCUGUCCUUAUCGUAUGUGUCUGUGUAUGUGUCUGUGUACGUGUCUGUCUACUUAUCUUCCCACAUUCCAAGUACACGAGUUAAACAAACUGGAAGCGCACAGUAGAGAGCAGCAGUAAUAACGAGAUUAACUCACAUUCUCCUUGUUCUAACUUGGUUUGAGGAGCAAAGAGUUAAAACCCCUAUGUGUAGGAGUUUUAAUGUUUGUGUAAGCUGAUAUAGUAUCAAAUGAAUGAAAAAUCUCUUGGUGGAAUAUUUGUAUGUUCCGGUGCAGUCUGUCUGCCACUACAGCGUCAGAGCUCUAGAGACGGCAGUAACUAUCUGUCAGUUGAGUAGUCCAUCCACCACUACAGUCCAGACUGAAACAUGCUGCUAAAUAUUGCAUGGAUCACUAAUACAUUUUGUGUGCACAUUUAAGGACCAGUGUGUAGGAAUAAGUGGCAUCAGGCGCUGUAGUGGUAGAUUCCAACACGCUUGCUUCACCCUCUCCUUCCAAGUUAAAAAAAAAGAACAAGAACCUUUCUGCUAAUAGAUCCUCCUAAAUGUUACACACUGGACCUUUAUUGGUCCCAGAGGAUGAAUCCUAAUGAUGUUGGUGAUCCCCUGAUUGUUCAUGUAACAGCACCAACAGGUCAAAGUUUUCAAUUAUCCAGUGAAAUAUCUCAAUUUCUAACAGAUGUAUUGACAACAGUAACUUAGUUUCAUCUCUUACCUUGCGCAGCUGGGUAACCUCACCCACAUGUCACAGUGUACUGGGUCACCCUGGAAUACACUUGCAGCUAAGUGAUUUUCAGCUGGUGUGAGGAACUCUUUUAUCGGUGCAAUACUUAAACCUGCAAAACUAAUGACAUUCCAAUCUUAGCUUAGCAUUAUACCCGCUUAACAUCGGCAUGUGAGCAUCAUUGCCUGAUCAAAGCUGAUCCAGUUUUUAAAAAUCCAGUAACAUAUCGGCCAACACGUUGACCUAGAUAAACUCUGAGUCAGACAUUUUACAAAUAAACUUGCAAACUUGCAAAGUGCUCUCUACAAAACACAAAAAUGCGUCGUGCUGUUUCAAAACAUUUGUUGUUGCAUAUUAAGCAUUUAGUACUAUUAUUAAGUACAGCCUCACAGAGCUGUUAGCAUGGCUGACUCUUGGUCUUGUUCGAUACUACGACUAGGAGUCGCCAACAGUUUAAAUCCUACACAUAGGGGCUUUAGUUCAUGAACAGAAAAAGAAAUGGGUUGCUUACUGACGGUCCUUUUAUUUUCUUCUCAAAAGCAUUUUCAACAGCACAGAACUGCUGCUGCCCUUCCGCUUGCUAAUCUGUUUUUUCGAGUCGAACUAAUGCAUUGUAGGAUGUGAGUCACCCUCAGUCCGCCUGCAGCCCUGAGCUUUGAAUGUCCAGAAUGUGCUUCUGUGCUGAUGAACAGCUUAUCUCCAUGCUGAGAUACCUUUGAGAGGAGACCAGUACAGUACCAAGUGGAACCCCUCUGGCUUUAAUACGGGGUUAGAGGAACAUUUCAGCCCUCAGUAUUGGUCACAAUAUUUACAGCAGGUUUCACUUCCAAAUCAAAUGUUGUAUAAACGUCUCACAUCUACUACUGUGUACCACAAAUACAAGUACCGUUCUUCCUUGUUUUUUUAAUUUUAAAUAUCUUUAUACAUAUCUCACAAUUGUCUUAAAGAAGUGUUACUUUGCUUUUAAAUCCUCCUCAGGCUUUGUUGCAUGUGUUCGAUGUGUGCGUGCAUGCUUUUGCUGGUGUCGGCUGGCAAACAGUGCAACAGCGUCCACAAUGUAAAAUUCUGGGCUCCAGAGUGCUUUGACCAAGUUGAUACUAUAUAUCUGACCUUAAUGAGCAUGGAACUCAUGCAAUAUGUUGAUGCCUAACAUAAAACAGACUUCCUUUUAGCACAGCAGCUCUUUAACAAUACUGGGCGAUGAAAUAAUCACAUCGUGGGAACGGGGGACUGGGGUGGGGUGGAUGGGGCCACAGCUCUUCAUGUAAUAACUGUAAUGCGGCUUAACUUCCACAUAUUGUACAUUCCAGAGUUUGACACCAAGAAAAGAAGAAAUCUGUGCACAUUUAUAACAUUUUCAAGUGAUUUUGUUUACAAGAGCUGUAUCCUUGCAUGAGCUGAGAUUCUUCUCAAAAAUGAAUAAAUAUCAUCUUUAUUUACUGUCA